AUGUUGCUAUGGCUGGAGACGACUCCAAAUUCAGCAGGUCCACAGCAGCGAUUGCCUCCAUCGUCUUCUUCCAACAAUAAUAAGAUUGCUGUGGAAAUGGAAAUGGGGGUAUUCAAUUACAGAUGUGAUGAAGAAGGAGAGAAGGAAUGCGUUAUCUGCCUGAGUGAAUACGAAGAGGAUGAUGCGGUGGUAGCACUAAAACCGUGUCAUCACAACUUUCAUGUGGACUGCAUUCGAAGGUGGCUACAGUGCAAGCUUCAGUGUCCCCUCUGCAACGCAUGUCCGCUUCAGAAAUUUGGAUCCCAAGCUCGAAAUGAUGUUGCGCUUGAAAUUCCAUCUACGUUCCCUGUGGCGGAUUGA